GGAGAACACAUACAGUGGUAGUGACAUCCAAUUCAACGUCUUGCUUCCACUUCCAGGCACCAAGCAAUCUGCAGCCUGAUGAAGUCUCUGAUGAAUGCCACACUCUGCCAAGACUGAGCACGUUGAUGCACAUUAUCCUUGCACGGAGAUCCUUCUUCACGCUUGAACCACCUGAUGCGAAGUACGUACUAGGGAAUCGGCCCUUGCUCGGUUAAUACUUGUGAACGAGUCAAUGAAUGACCCUGGCUGCCCAGCUGACAGGUAGAAAACCUCCACGUUUUCCCACUGUUUGCUUCUUCCGUUUCUGCAACCAUUACGGGCAGGGCAGGACGGAGUUCGGCAGAGAUCGGACCGGUGUUUGUCACGGUCUUGACCUCUAACAUCGAGGCACUCAACUAUCGCCGUUCCCGUUGGCUCCCUUUGCAGCCCACAACAUGUCUCAUUCGCCACCCGCUCUCGGCGCCGGACUUGGCGUUCCGACACCAGUAGCAGCGCGGAUAAUUGCUUGAAGGUUGAGCUUAUCGAACAUGGCAACUUUUUCUGAUGGUAGGCGGAGAGGGUUUUCUUGAACCGGCUAGUCUAUACUGUACAUGACUUGCGUCUGAGCAAAUUUUUGGGUGGUUUCUUUUCCCUAUCUUUUUCCUUCUCGUAAGUUCACCUCUUGGCCACCGGAGUUGGCGAUGAUAAGUUGAAGAGAUAACAGCGCCUGGCCUUGGCGUAUGGGGAGAACAUCAACCUUGUCCAUUGAACCCGCAGACAACCGUUCAGGUUCAGGUUGAGCCGGUGCUAUUCGCUGAUGGUUGUCUUGGUGGACCAUCUUUGAGUCUCGCCCAGUCUUAUCCCCUCUGGUCCACUUCUCGCUUCGAAUUUGUUCGGCGUAACUCCGUUCCCUGUGGCGAGGUGAUUCCUGCUUGUUGUUCUUGUCUCAACAUACGUACAUACAUGGGGGAAAAUAUCGUGAGCGGUACAUCUGGAAAUAUCUGGUUGCAUCAUGGUGGUUGUCGCUGUUCUCGGUGACAUGGGGCAUUUUCAGGGUUUGUUUUUGCCAAGCUGCAGGCAUUCCUGUUGCUCGUGAAAAAUGGCCUGAGGCAUCUAUGAUUUAUUGAUGUGGAUAGGACUCGGUGCAACAUACUGCCGAACAGUUCAUAUGUAUCGAGUUCGACCAGAUCUCUAGAGAUUUGAUAAGGUUAGUAGGUAGUAUAUAUGUACGAUAAGAUACGGAGCAUUAGCAUAAAGCUUCUCGACAACGUCUGUUGAGCCUCUUGGUAAGAGUACCACUCACGUCAGGAGCUAGUAGAGAAGACCAUCGUGAUUUAGGAGCAUUUCUUCUGAUCGGACAUCGUCAUACAUUGUCUGAAGCCCAGUUGAAAACUGCUGAGUUACACGCAUCUGGCUUACUAGGCUCAGUUCAACACAAAUAUCCUGCUGACCGCUUCGACUCUGAGCGUCACAUCACCACGUGCAGUGGAUUUCAGUUCGAGACACAGACAAAAAGGUCCUCAACGUACUCAAAUUGCUGCAUGCCUUUGGUAUUAUCCGUCAUUUUUGAUGCAGUGAAAUCUACAUACAGGGUAAGUUCCACAGAAGAAGCACCAGCGGAUGGGGCAGCUACAGGGGACAUCAGUGGUCAGUACCACCUGGACAUGUGCCGUGACCAAUGACAUAGCGCGCUGCAAGCCCCAGACAGUGAUCCGAAUCAGGAACGGGGGCCUCGAUCAGUGAAUUGAUGAUUAACGUCACGAUCUAUUGGAAGCGGGUCCAGUGACGCACCUCUUCCUCACUCUGACAACACGGUACCCGACCUCUCUUUACCUGCCACGCCCGACUCCUGACUCUGAGGCCUGCCUACGACAGGCGCAGCUUCGUUCGCGUGAGUUUUUUGAUUUGACCACAUGAUAGAUACUUAGUUUCAUAUCCAACGGACAUUUAAUGAUCCAGCCAGCUCACCAAAGUAAGAUACCUCGACUACCUAUCUUCUGAAGUCCACCGUUUUUUUUUACUUGCUUUGCGUCACCUUGUCUCGUGUCUGCACGAGAUCGGCUCCUCAGCGCCUUUAUCUUGCUUGCUUGUGAUAACCAUUCGCAGACAACCCAGGUCGCGAACGGAUACAGCCCCUGUCACCGUCUUCGUCUGUUCUUAGCAACACAACUGCCGUGCUGUAAUUGCCUGAGCUCGCACUUCAUACCCUCCCCGCAUCCGGACUCUUACCUACGGCAGCUAGAUAGCAACAACUUCAAAGCAUCGAGUGUCUCCUCCAGAUUCCAGAUUGCCAAGCCUGUUCCAACAACUUAUUGUCGAACACCGCUGUGAUGGGCGCGGAAGACACUGGGGGUGGUGGGCUACCAGCCUCUCCCUCAUCCUCUAAUCCACGAAGAACCGGCGGCAGCCAGUCUAUCGCUCGAGGGGCCAACACACAAGGCUACGACGAACAAUCACCUCUACUAAACAAUGGCGCCAACAAUGUCCAUGGAGAAGCGGACGAUUCACAGGUCACAAAGAGCAUAUGGUAUUUGCUCAUAUUGACCAUCAGCAUUGGCGGUCUCCAGAUCGCCUGGUCUGUCGAGCUUUCAAACGGGUCACCAUAUCUUCUGUCCCUUGGCUUGAGCAAGUCUCUCAUGGCUCUCGUCUGGAUUGCUGGACCCUUAACCGGCACCCUUGUUCAGCCAUAUGUGGGUAUGCUCAGCGACAAUUGCCGUCUGCCCAUGGGUAAGAGAAAACCGUUCAUGAUCGGGGGAUCUAUUGCCACCAUCCUCUCCCUCUUGUUUCUUGCAUGGGCCAAAGAGAUUGUCGGUGGUGCUGCUGGACUCAUGGGUUUUGACCCAGAGUCUAAAGAUGUGAAAACAACAACCAUCGUGGUCGCGGUCAUUGGUGUUUACGUGCUCGAUUUCGCCAUCAACACUGUCCAGGCGUCCAUUCGUGCUUUCAUCGUUGACUGUGCGCCAGCUCACCAGCAAGAAUCUGCCAAUGCCAUGGCCAGUCGGAUCACCGGAUUUGGUAACAUCGUUGGAUACAUUGCUGGAUAUGUCGACUUGACGCGUCACCUUGGCUUCCUUGGGAGGACGCAAUUCCAGAUUCUCUGUGCCAUCGCAUGUUUUGCCCUUGCCUUGACCGUGUUUGUGAGCACCGCCUUCAUUAAGGAGAGGGAUCCCCGACUUGACGGCCCCGCCAAAAAAGAACAACAAGGCGUUUUCUCCUUCUUCUUCACUAUUUUCAAGUCGAUCAAACGCCUUCCGCCUCAGAUCAAGAGGGUAUGCGAGGUCCAGUUCUGCGCCUGGGUCGGCUUCUUCCCUCUGUUGUUCUAUACGUCCUCAUAUAUCGGAGAGAUCUACGUCGAGCCAUACCUCCAAGCGAAUCCCCACAUGUCUCCGGAACAGCUCAACAAACUGUAUGAGCAAGCGACCCGCAUUGGUACCUUUGCACUUCUCAUCAACUCGAUCGUGAGCUUGCUCACAAAUGUAUUCCUUCCGUUUUUCAUUGCGCCAACGUACGAUAGCCAGCCAGUCACCGGUAUUCCGGGAGAGAGCCCUGCAGGCUACUAUGACUCGGACGAGGAUGAGAAGCCCUCUUGGUUAGACAAGCUGGCCAUUCCGGGCCUGACUCUCAAGCGUGCUUGGUUUCUGUCCCUCCUUCUUUUUGCUGGGUGUAUGUUCGCCACGCUUUUCGUCCGGACCGUAAAGGCGGCCACCGUGCUUGUUGGCCUUGUUGGUAUCACCUGGGCGAUGACACUGUGGGCUCCAUGGGCCAUCAUCAGUGCCGAGAUCAGCCGGAGAGAUGCCCUGAUACGAGCUCAAAAGAUACGAUUGGCCGCCGCCAGAGCAAACAACGACGGUACCGCAGAUGACGAGGAGGAAGAAAUCGAUCAGGCUGGAGUGAUCCUUGGCAUCCACAACAUGGCGAUUGCGGCACCUCAAAUCAUUGCUACUGUUGGUUCCAGUAUCAUCUUCAAGCUCUGGCAGAAGCCCAGAGGCACACCGGGAGACCACAGUAUUUCUAUUGUGUUCGCGCUUGGUGGAGCUUGUGUCCUGAUCGCAUCAUUUUUCGUUGCCAAGAUCAAGGAUGAUGCUUCCAUGCCAGCUGAUGUUAUGACCGAAGCCGAACAAGGUCGGAGUGGGACAGAAGAGGUGCCGGAACGCCGACCUCUCAGCAGGCGCAAGUCUACCAAAGACCAGCUUCCCAGAGCAACCCAGGCCCGGGCCACACUGACACGACACAAGAGUUUCGGAGGUGCCGAAAUGCACUAAGAGCAUCGAUCCACACACUCACAGACAGGCAGAUAGAGAGAGAGAGAGAGAGAGAGGUACACUCCCUUGAAUGAAGCAUGGGAAGGCGUAGGGUUAGGCAUCUGGAUUGGCAUUUGGCUCUAUUUACUAAGCCUAGGAGCAUAUGGAGGGAUGGAAUACCGAUUUCCUUUUAGUUAAUUUGAUAAGUACCUCAUGCUAGAAGCCCUAGGUAUGCUGGGCCAUAGGCUGGAUGUUAGAACCACAGUUUCAUGUUUAAGCUUAGAUCACGACAUUACAUUCGUUCCUCAGCUCGUCUUCAUCUGAUAUACAUCGCUCAACCACCCAAGCCUACCCAUCCGUCGCCAUGACGUACAACAUCCCUAGCAGAGCCUAUGCCCCGAAAUCAAUCCAUUGGGUUCGGGUCUGCUGAUUUGGGACCGCACAUGCCGAUAGAGACCCUUGUCUCGCCAGGAAGAGGACCAAGGGUAGGGUUGAUGGUUGUGAAAGGGAUGAAGUGAAAGCACCACAAGACAUCGUCAUCCUCACCACAAUAGCUGUAGUCACAGUCAAACGACUCUUUGGGAGCAGCUGUGACGGCAGCGGCAUCUGUGUCGCAAGCCUCUGGGUUGUGAGGGAGGGCAAGGGCUGUUGAGGCAAAGAGUAAGACGAGAUAGUUGAUGGGAAACAUUUCGAAAGUUGUGAAGCUUCUGUGACGAAUUUGGGUCAAGACUUUCUGUUGUCUAAGUUUCCACGAGAGGAGGGGAUCUUUAUAGAGAACCAUGGCCAGACAAGUGCUACAUUCGAGAAGGCUUCCCUGUACUCGAUUCGAACAGCAGGUACUUGUUUGCGUUGCAGAUGAUGGUAUAUAACACCCACAUGAUACUGCAGCUAGGUUUCAUAUGGACUAGAACAACAGAGAGCAAGGGCAGUAAGCGAAACGCAGCUUAUGGAAUCGGCAGAUGGGAUUUGCACCUACUAUACCCGGGGCAAAGAAUUUCACAAGGCGAAUAAAAUGGCCGAGAAAGUGUGAGACCAGGCGGGAAUGUUGUACUUGGGAAGACUGGAAGCCAACAGAACAGUCUCUGGUGACUAGGUAGUUAGCAAAUAGAUACCUAUCUAGGUAGGUAUACACCGGCCCUCAGGUGGCUGGCUGUCUUUUUACAUGGAUAGCAUCUUGUUUCCGGCCUUCACCCACAACGACAUAAUAAACCCGAUGCUGGUUACCCAAACUAAACUGCGUACCCGUGAUAGUCGGGGAAUAUCCUGCAACCACAGGUAAGCGAUGUUGUACAGGAGACGGCUCACAACAAAGCCGAGACCGAGAAUGUUGAUUGUUGGCGCUGGUACGUCAGCGAAAUUCGCGGCCAAGAUACCUGCGGCAUAGCAACCGAUAGUUUCGAGGCCGUUUUCUGUGGCAGCUUUUGCACGGAGGAGGAAUUGUUUAUGCUGGGAUCGUUAGUGGGAGUCGUGGGACGAUCGGGCAACCAAGCUUACAGAUUUAUCAAGCGUCUGGCAACUGGCUAUUCUGUCCCUGUGAGAGCGAGGGUUACAGUUGUCGUAGGUCCCUUUGGCACCGGCGGUGAUGGUGUAGGCGUGAGGGAACGUGAUGAUGAAGAAUGCAGCUGGGACCUAUAAGAGAAGCAUCAAGUUGAGAAGUCGUUGGCCACGAAGGGGAAAAGGGCCGUACUGUGAAGAAGGAAUAGUUCCUUGUGAGAUCGAGACCGAGAAAAGACUCCAUUGUUGGUGGUUUGAUAGGGAGGGAGUCGUACUGUGAUGUAGAGAGAGUUCAGUUGAAUGGGUUGAUGAAUGGAUGGAGGAGACUCCUGUUUUUAAAUCACAAACAACAACAACAACAACAACAGC